ACAAUCGAAAUGUGAAACAAAGGCCCAAUAGUAGUUACUCCGUAUGCUGUGCGGCGUCGUUUUUGGUCUACAACUUUGUCCCAAAAAAAAACUCUGCGACUGCAAUUUUUCCCUUCAAAAAAAAGAAAAAACUCUGCGACUGCAAUUUCAAUUCUUCCGCCAUUAUUGAUCCUCUGGAGAUAUGGCUUCCUCGAUGGUUCUGGACCCCAAACCCUCCACAAUCGAACCGAAUCCAUCGACGCUCUCCUCCGCGGACCUGGACGAUGACCUCUACAUCCGGUUGAAGUCUCUGCAGCGGCAACUGGAAUUCUUCGAAAUUCAAGAAGAAUACGUCAAGGACGAGUACAAGAACCUCCGCCGCGAGCUUCUCCGCGCGCAGGAGGAGGUGAAGCGCAUUCAGUCCGUUCCGCUCGUCAUCGGCCAGUUCAUGGAGAUGAUCGAUCAGAACCAUGGCAUUGUCGGGUCCACCACCGGCUCAAAUUACUACGUCCGGAUCCUCAGCACCAUCGACCGCGAGCUGCUCAAGCCUUCCGGCUCCGUCGCACUGCACCGCCACUCCAACGCCCUCGUCGAUGUCCUGCCGCCCGAGGCAGACUCCAGCAUUUCGCUUCUCAGCCAGUCCGAGAGGCCUGACGUCAAUUACACCGAUAUUGGAGGAUGUGAUAUUCAAAAGCAAGAAAUCCGUGAAGCUGUAGAGUUACCUUUGACACACCAUGAGUUAUAUCAGCAGAUUGGCAUAGAUCCUCCUCGUGGUGUAUUGCUUUAUGGUCCUCCUGGCACUGGCAAAACCAUGCUUGCAAAGGCUGUUGCAAAUCACACUACUGCAUCCUUCAUUAGGGUUGUUGGCUCAGAAUUUGUUCAGAAGUACUUGGGAGAGGGUCCCCGAAUGGUGCGAGAUGUUUUCCGACUUGCUAAAGAAAAUACACCUGCAAUUAUUUUCAUUGAUGAGGUUGAUGCAAUAGCUACAGCUAGAUUCGAUGCCCAAACUGGAGCUGAUCGAGAAGUUCAGCGAAUUUUAAUGGAACUGUUGAAUCAGAUGGAUGGAUUUGACCAGACAGUUAAUGUAAAGGUUAUCAUGGCAACUAACCGAGCUGACACAUUGGAUCCUGCUCUUCUACGUCCAGGAAGACUUGAUCGUAAAAUUGAGUUUCCUUUGCCAGAUAGACGACAGAAGAGGCUUGUCUUCCAGGUUUGCACUGCUAAAAUGAAUUUGAGCGACGAGGUGGACUUGGAGGACUAUGUCUCUCGGCCAGAUAAAAUAAGUGCAGCUGAGAUCGCAGCUAUUUGCCAAGAAGCAGGUUUGCACGCUGUCAGAAAGAACCGGUAUGUCAUACUCCCUAAAGAUUUUGAGAAGGGUUACAGAUCCAAUGUAAAGAAGCCUGACACAGAUUUUGAAUUCUACAAGUGAUAGCUAAAAAACCUAGAUCAGUAUUGUCGGCAAAUAUAUAUGUCACACAAAGAAAUCCGUGGUUUAGACAAAUGUAUGUAAACAAACUUCUGCUUGAUGAAGUCAAUCGGAGGUAUCCAAUUAUCCUAUGGUGACUUGCUAAUAAGAUUCAAUUAGGGUUCGUCAA